AUGCGAUGCGCGAGCAAGGCCGCCGAGAGCGCGUCCGCACGUCUCUGUGCGGACGCCGAAGCAGAAACCACAGCAACUGAUGUCUCAUCGGUUGCUGAAGCGACCCUGCCUGUGUCACUUGGUGAUGCAGGCGCUGGUCAUGAAGACACUCAUGUCUUGACAGAGUACGAGCUCGGUGUCUCGUACUCUCCUGAUACGGAAGACGGAUCCGUAUCGACGGCGAUCGAAUCCAAGCCGCCUGCCAAGCGUGGCAUGGAUGAUGCUUUGCGUCGUAGCAUCCUUGGUUCAUCUGAUGAAUCAGAUGAACCAUCGCCGAAGCGUAGGCGCUCGAGGUCGCGAGACUCGGGCGCUAACAGUGGUGUCGGUCUCCUAUGGACACCACUUCGCAACGAGGAUCCAUCACCUUGA